CCACUGACGGCAAUGCUGGCUUGCUUGCGGAACCCCAGGUUGCCAUGUUCUGUGGCAAGCUGAACAUGCACAUGAACGUGCAGAAUGGGAAGUGGGAGUCCGAUCCAUCGGGGACCAAAACGUGCAUCGGCACCAAGGAAGACAUCUUGCAGUAUUGCCAAGAAGUCUACCCUGAACUGCAGAUCACCAACGUGGUGGAAGCCAACCAACCAGUGACCAUCCAGAACUGGUGCAAGAGGGGCCACAAGCAAUGCAAGACCCACGCCCGCAUUGUGAUUCCCUACCGCUGCUUAGUUGGCGAGUUUGUAAGUGAUGCCCUCCUUGUUCCCGACAAAUGCAAAUUCUUACACCAGGAGAGGAUGGAUGUUUGUGAAACCCACCUUCACUGGCACACCGUCGCCAAAGAGACCUGCAGUGAGAAGAGUACCAGCUUGCAUGACUAUGGCAUGUUGCUGCCCUGUGGAAUUGACAAGUUCCGAGGAGUGGAAUUUGUCUGUUGCCCGCUGGCCGAGGAGAGUGACAAUAUUGAUUCGGCAGAUGCAGAGGAGGAUGACUCGGACGUCUGGUGGGGCGGAGCAGAUGCAGACUAUGCCGAUGGGAGUGAGGACAAAGUAGUAGAAGUAGCAGAGGAAGAAGAGGGGGCUGACAUCGAGGACGAAGAGGCCGAGGAUGACGAGGAUGACGAAGAUGGUGAUGAGGUGGAGGAAGAGGCAGAAGAACCCUAUGAAGAGGCCACCGAGCGAACCACCAGCAUCGCCACGACCACCACCACCACCACGGAGUCUGUGGAAGAGGUGGUGCGAGAGGUGUGCUCUGAACAAGCCGAGACGGGGCCAUGCCGCGCAAUGAUCUCCCGCUGGUACUUUGAUGUGACCGAAGGCAAGUGCGCCCCGUUCUUUUACGGCGGAUGUGGCGGGAACCGAAACAACUUUGACACAGAGGAGUACUGCAUGGCCGUGUGCGGCAGCGUCAUGUCCCAAAGCUUACUCAAGACUACCCAGGAACCUCUUCCCCAAGAUGCUGUUAAACUUCCUACAACAGCAGCCAGCACACCUGAUGCCGUCGACAAAUAUCUUGAGACACCCGGAGAUGAGAAUGAACAUGCCCAUUUCCAGAAAGCCAAAGAGAGGCUGGAGGCCAAGCACCGCGAGAGAAUGUCCCAGGUCAUGCGAGAAUGGGAAGAGGCAGAAAGGCAAGCAAAGAACUUGCCUAAAGCGGACAAGAAGGCAGUCAUCCAGCAUUUCCAGGAGAAAGUGGAGUCCCUGGAGCAGGAAGCAGCCAACGAGAGGCAGCAGCUGGUGGAGACGCACAUGGCCCGAGUGGAAGCCAUGCUCAAUGACCGCCGUCGCCUGGCUCUGGAGAAUUACAUCACUGCCCUGCAGGCUGUGCCCCCUCGGCCUCGUCAUGUGUUCAACAUGCUAAAGAAGUAUGUCCGCGCUGAACAGAAGGACAGGCAACACACCCUGAAGCAUUUUGAACACGUACGCAUGGUGGACCCAAAGAAAGCUGCUCAGAUCCGGUCCCAGGUUAUGACACAUCUGCGUGUGAUUUACGAGCGCAUGAACCAGUCUCUGUCCCUGCUCUACAAUGUGCCUGCCGUGGCCGAGGAGAUUCAGGAUGAAGUUGAUGAGCUGCUUCAGAAAGAGCAAAACUACUCCGAUGACGUCUUGGCCAACAUGAUCAGCGAACCAAGAAUCAGUUACGGAAACGAUGCCCUCAUGCCGUCUUUGACCGAGACGAAAACCACCGUGGAGCUUCUUCCCGUGAACGGGGAGUUCAGUCUGGACGAUCUGCAGCCCUGGCAUCCUUUCGGGGUCGACUCGGUGCCGGCCAAUACAGAAAACGAAGUUGAGCCUGUCGACGCCCGCCCUGCUGCCGACCGAGGACUGACCACCCGACCAGGUUCUGCAGGGCCAGGAUCUUUGGGUUUCUACCGAGGUGGGUGGAGGCAGGAGGUGUUCUUUGCAGAAGAUGUGGGUUCAAACAAAGGUGCCAUCAUUGGACUCAUGGUGGGCGGCGUUGUCAUAGCAACGGUGAUUGUCAUCACCUUGGUGAUGCUGAAGAAGAAACAGUACACGUCCAUCCAUCAUGGUGUCGUGGAGGUCGACGCUGCUGUGACCCCAGAGGAGCGCCACCUCUCCAAGAUGCAGCAGAAUGGAUACGAAAAUCCAACUUACAAGUUCUUUGAGCAGAUGCAGAACUAGACCACCGCCACAGCAGCCUCUCGAGUUGGACAGCAGAAACCAUUGCUUCACGACCCAUCGGUGUUCAUUUAUAGAAUAAUGUGGAAAAGAAACAAACCCUCCCGUUUUCUUCUUUACUCAUUAUCGCCUUUUGACAGCCGUGCUGUAACACAAGUAGAUGCCUGAACUUGAAUUAAUCCACAAAUCAGUAAUGUAUUCUCUCUCUUUACAUUUUGGUCUCUACAUUAUUAAUGGGUUUCGUGUACUGUAAAGAAUGUAGCUGUAUCAAACCUAGUGCAUGAAUAGAUUCUCUCCUGAUUAUUUAUCACGUAGCCGCUUAGCCAGUUGAAUAUUAUUCUUGUGGUUUGUGACCCAAUUAAGUCCUACUUGAAAUAUGCUUUAAGAAUCGAUGGGGGAUGCUUCAUGUGAACGUGGGACUAUAGCUGCUUCUCUUGCCUAAGUAUUCUUUUCCUGAUCACUAUGCAUUUUAAAGUUCGGCAUUUUUAAGUAUUCCAAAUGAUUUCGAGAAUUUUUUUUUUCCAUGAUUGCAUUUUACUGUACAGAUUGCUGCUUCUGCUAUAUUUGUGAUAUAGGAAUUACGAGGAUACACAUUUAUUUCUUUGUGCCUGUUUUAUGUGCACACAUUAGGCAUUGAGAAUUGAAACUUUUUUGUCCAUGUAUCUUUGGAUCUUUGAUAAAGAAAAGAAUCCCUGUUCAUUGUAAGCACUUUUAUGGGGGGGGAGGGGGGCGGGAGUGUUCUGCUGGCCUCAAAUUACCAAGAAUUCUCCCAAAAAAUUUUCCGCAGGACGAUUGUACAGAAUCAUUGCUUAUGACCAUGAUAGCUUUCUACACUGUAUUACAUAAAUAAAUUAAAUAAAAUCACCCUGGGCAAGAGUUUUCUUUGAAGGAUAACUAUGGAUGUUAAAUAUUCACAGUAAUUGGGGGAGGGGGGAGCAGAAAGAGGCAGAUUCAGUUUCUUUUAACCAGUCUAAAACAUUUUAUUUAUGAUAGCAAAAGAAAGUGAGAGGGGAAGGGGCAAAAUCAGGGAAUGGGGAAGUCCUGCCUGGACAAACCCUUUUAAGAUUUGUCUUCAAUUUGUAUAAACUGGUGUUUUCAUGUAAAUAAAUACAUUCUUGGAGGAG